UCUGGCAAAGCGCCGAGACUGCACGUGGACAAAACAACAAAUAAUACUAGGAUUGUCACCUGGAAGACACAAAAAAAUUAGAGCGAAGUAACCCAGACCGGAACUGAAACGAAGCAAAUGGAUCCACUGAAACAGCUAAAAUUGAACACCAAGUGGGUUUCAACCGUAGCCAGCAUCUGGAUCCAGUGCACCAGCGGCUCACUCUACACCUUUUCAAUUUACUCAUCAACCCUCAAAACCACCCAACACUACGAUCAGUCAACGCUCGAUACUGUUUCCGUUUUUAAGGAUAUCGGGGCCAAUUUGGGAAUUCUGUCAGGCCUUCUCUAUACAUACUCCACUAAAGUUCAUCGGUCUCCUCACCAACAACGACAACGACGAUGGAUCCAUUUUCUGGGACCUUGGGUUGUCCACCUGACUGGGGCGAUCCAGUGCUUCACGGGUUACUUCUUAAUGUGGACCUCUGUUGUGGGGUUGAUUCCAAGGCCGCCGAUUCCGGUCAUGUGCUUGUUCAUGUUAUUGGCGGCUCAUGCGAUGACGUUUUUUAACACGGCUGAUGUUGUCACCUCUGUACGGAAUUUUCCUUCUUACAGUGGGACUGCUGUCGGCAUAAUGAAGGGAUUUCUAGGUUUAAGUGGAGCAAUUUUGAUCCAAGUAUAUCAGACCAUUUUUCGCAAUAAACCGACCUCAUUUCUUUUGCUGCUGGCAAUAUUGCCUACUAUCAAUGCUUUGUUGCUCAUGUGGUUCGUGAGAAUCUAUGACGAAAAUGAAGGAGAUGUGAAGAACUUGAGCAGUUUUUCAUUCAUUGCUCUGAUUGUUGCUGCUUAUCUUAUGGUCAUUAUUAUAAUGGAACAAAUUUUUACUCUUCCAUUAUUAGGACUCGUCUUUGCAUUGGUUGUGCUUCUAUUUUUGCUUGCUUCCCCACUUUGUGUUGCACUUAGAGCCCAGGAAAGGGAUUCUGGUAGGAUUUCAGGGACUGCCUUUUGUGAAGGUGAUGAAAUAUCAGCUGCACCUCAUCAGAUGCAUGCAAGGAAAACGCUUGCAAGAGAAGAUCCUUCUGGUUAUCACUGUUUGCCUAGCAGCUCUGGUGAAGAGAUGGAUACCAAUGAUAAAAGAACUUCACAAAGGAGAGAAAACUUAAAUCUGUUGCAAGCCAUGUGCACAGUGGACUUCUGGAUUUUGUUUUCUGCUAUGGUAUGUGGUAUGGGCUCUGGACUUGCUACAGUGAAUAAUAUCAGCCAGAUAGGAGGAUCUCUUGGUUAUUCAAGCCUUGAAACAAGUUCUUUGGUUUCUUUGUGGAGCAUAUGGAAUUUUCUUGGUCGUUUUGGAGCUGGUUCUGUGUCAGAUUAUUUCCUCCGUUUUAGAGGAUGGGCAAGGCCAUUGUUCAUGGUCAUCACACUUGCAAUAAUGAGCAUUGGUCAUUUGGUUAUUGCUUCUGGUUUGCCUGGUGCUCUAUAUGCUGGUUCAAUAUUGGUGGGUGUUUGUUAUGGUUCUCAGUGGUCACUGAUGCCCACAGUUGCUUCUGAUAUAUAUGGAGUAGGCCAUCUGGGUACCAUAUUCAACACCAUCACCAUAGCCAAUCCUGUUGGAUCUUAUAUUUUCUCUGUUAGAGUAAUUGGAUAUAUUUAUGACAGAGAAGCAUCUGGAGAAGGAAACACAUGCACUGGGACACGCUGCUUCAUGUUAUCUUUUCUUAUAAUGGCAUCUGCUACUCUUUUGGGUUCUCUUGCUGCUUUGGGAUUGUUUUUUCGGACAAAAAGGUUCUAUAACGACGUUAUACUUCGAAGACUAUUACGUUCCGCCAGGGAGUACAAUAUUCAAACACCAUGAUUUUUUACUUUCCCUUUGUUAAUAUGAAAUGGGUGGAAGGGGAAUCUCUGCAAUGCACUCUCUCAAUGAAUGCUUCUGGCAAUAUGAUUCUGAACCAGCUUUUACAAGACCUGUGGAAAGAGGAGGAUGUGAACUGUUUUUGUUGUAGCCUGUGUUACCAAAAUUCUGCUUAUAGUUUCUCCCAGUGGCAUAUCCGAUGUAGAAAUUAAUGUUAAUAUAAACAGUUCUGCAAGUUGUGACAUGGAUUCAGAAUUAUAAUGCUCUACUUUUUCUUGCUGCAAGUAAAAAAUUUGUGUUCUUGAUACUAGAAGAGGACCUGAAAUUCAACUGUCAGAAUAGAUCAUCCUCAUUAACCAGUGGCUGUGUCCUGAGCGUCUCUGGACAAUCAAUAUUAGUUGGUUUACGAUCUUAUUCUGAUGCAUUCAUAAUAACCAUUUGAGUUUUAGCGUUCUACCAACUGAUUCUGACAUAACGAUUUUGGUUUUUGAUGCAUACAUAAUAUCCUAGUUUGUUUCAUGGUUUAAAUUGGAAUUUGAAGACCAGUUUUAAAUUUAACUCAUAUGGUAACUUAGGUCAAACGGUCCAAGCUUGAGUUUCAUACCUUCUACUCCUUUUUUCUUUUUCAUCUUUAACAAUCUUUCUUCUUGUCCGACAGAUUCAUUAGUGAUUGAGUGGAACUGACCUUGAUCCGAAAUUGACUGUUUUAGAUUUAAAUUGAAUUUGAAUUGACUUUUGUUGGGUUUUACUUUGAUCGAAUCCCGUUGAAAAUAGAAAGUAAAAUAACUUUGUCACAGCGUGAGGACUUUAUCCCAGGCUAGCAAAAGCCCAGUCUAAUAGCAAACUGUAGGCUCAGUUAUGGGGGCCCAGACCGCCCAAGCCCAAGCAAAUCUGCAUCAUUACCCAACAAGGAUAACAGUACUAUAAGUUUCAUCGAUAAUUGGGGGAGACAUUCGUAAUUCUAUUUCCUGAACAUCCCACAAGCGGAGGGAAGGGGGAGAUCGAGUUUCUGAAUCAUCUUUUUAAUUUCGUUGGAUCAGUUUCUUCCAGCCUGCGUUUUCUAUCAAACUAAAAGGAGGAGUUUCAUAACGUAAAGAAGAAGAUGAAGACAACGAAAGGAGGCAAAGUCAUGAACCCUACGGAUGCCUACCGUAAGGAGCUUCGUAAAAAGGAACUCAAACGG